AUGAAACCCUCGCAGCUCGACGUCGAGGCGGUCCUCGAGCAGCUGUCGCUCGACGAAAAGGUGGCGCUGCUGGCGGGCAUCGACGGCUGGCACACCAAGGCGAUCCCGCGGCUGGGCGUGCCGUCGGUGCGCAUGUCGGACGGCCCCAACGGCGUGCGCGGCACGCGCUUCUUCAACGGCGUGCCGGCGGCCUGCCUGCCGUGCGAGACGGCGCUGGGCGCGACCUUUGACCAGGCGCUCGUCCGGGAGCUGGGCGCGCUGCUGGCCGACGAGUGCCGCGCAAAGGGCGCGCACGUGCUGCUGGGCCCGACCAUCAACAUCCAGCGCGGGCCGCUGGGCGGCCGCGGCUUCGAGUCGUUCAGCGAGGACCCCGUGCUGUCGGGCACGCUGGCGGCACGCUACUGCGAGGGCGUGGAGGCCGGCGGGGACGUGCUGGCGACGCCCAAGCACCUCGUGUGCAACGACCAGGAGCACGCGCGCGUGGCCGUCAACGCCAUUGUCACGGAGCGCGCGCUGCGCGAGAUCUACCUGCUGCCGUUCCAGCUCGCCCUGGGCCAGGCGCGCCCGGGCGCGCUCAUGACGUCGUACAACAAGCUCAACGGCACGCACGCGAGCGAGAACCCGCGCCUGCUGCAGGACAUUGUGCGGCGCGAGUGGGGGUACGACGGGCUGAUUGUGAGCGACUGGUUCGGCACGUACAGCGUCAGCGAGGCCGUCAACGCCGGGCUGGACCUGGAGAUGCCGGGCAUGUCCGGCUUCCGCGGCCCCGCGCUGAUCCACGCCGUCACCUCCAACAAGGUCAAGGAGACCACGAUCGACGAGCGCGUGCGCCGCGUGCUGCAGAUGGCCAGCAAGGCGCUGGCGUCGGGCAUCCCCGAGAUGCUGGCGCCCGAGCAGACGCGCGACACGCCCGCGACGCGCGCGCUGCUGCGGCGGGCGGCCGCCGAGUCGGUCGUCCUGCUCAAGAACGAGGACGGCGUCCUGCCGCUGAGCCCCGCCAAGCGCACCCUCGUCCUCGGGCCCAACGCCAACACGGCCACCUACUGCGGCGGCGGCUCGGCGGCGCUGCCGGCCUACUACACCACGACGCCGCUGCAGGGCAUCCGCGGCAAGGCGGCGUCGCCCGACCUCGUGGCGUUCACGCAGGGCGCGUACGGCCACAAGGAGCUGCCGCUGCUGGGCGAGCAUCUGACGACCGGCGACGGCCGCGUGGGCUACACGUUCCGCGUGUACACGGAGUCGCGCGAGCAGAAUCCACAGCGCCAGGCCGUCGACGAGCUGCACAUGACCAGCAGCUCGGCCUUCUUGAUGGACUACAUGCACCCGCAGGUCAAAGGCGACACCUACUACGUGACCAUGGACGGCACCUUUACGCCCGCCGAGACGGGCCUCUACGACUUCGGCCUGACCGUCGCCGGCACCGGCCUACUGUACGUCGACGGCCAGCUCGUCGUCGACAACAAGACGAGCCAGCGCCAGGGCACGUCCUUCUUCGGCAUCGGCACGCCCGAAGAGCGCGGGUCCAUCGAGCUGACGGCCGGCCGCGCCUACGCGGUGCACGUCGACUACGGCACGGCGCCCACGUCGUCGCUCAAGGUCAAGAACGUCGUGUCGUUCGGCCCCGGCGGCCUGCGGCUCGGCGGCGCCAAGCGCAUCGACCCGGCCAAGGGCAUCGCGGAGGCCGUCGCGCUGGCCGCCGACACGCGCCAAUUCGACCAGGUCGUCGUCUGCGUCGGCCUCAACAGCGACUGGGAGUCCGAGGGCUUCGACCGCCCCCACAUGGACCUGCCCGCCGGCUCCGACGAGCUCGUGCAGCGCGUGCUGGCCGCGCGCCCGGAUGCCGUCGUCGUCGUCCAGAGCGGCACGCCCGUCACCAUGAACGCGUGGGCGUCGUCGGCCAAGGGCCUGCUGCAGGCCUGGUACGGCGGCAACGAGGCCGGCAAUGGCAUCGCCGACGUGCUGUUCGGCGACGUCAACCCGGCGGCCAAGCUGCCGCUGAGCUUCCCCGCGACGCUGCAGCAGAACCCCAGCUACCUCAACUACCGCUCCGAGGGCGGCCGCGUCCUCUACGGCGAGGACGUCUAUGUCGGCUACCGCUACUACGACGCCACCGGCGUGCAGCCGCUCUUCCGCUUCGGCCACGGCCUGUCGUACACCAGCUUCGCCAGCAGCGACUUGACCGCCGCCGUGUCCGCGUCGGACGCCGCCAUCAAAGCGUCCUCCAUCCGCCUGUCGCUGUCCGUCACCAACACGGGCGACCGCGCCGGCGCCGAGGUCCUGCAAGUCUUUGUCGCGCCGCCCGCGACCGCCAGCAUCCGCCGUCCCCCGCGCGAGCUCAAGGCGUUCCACAAGGUGCCGUCCCUCGCCCCCGGCGAGACGCGUGCCGUCACGCUCGACCCCGUGUCGCUCGCGCUGGCGACGAGCUUCUGGGACGAGAACCGCGACGCCUGGCUCAGCGAGGCCGGCGAGUACACCCUGCACGUCGUCGGCACCGGCAGCGACAACACUGUGUCGACAACCUUUUCCGUGGCCAAGUCGCGCUGGUGGACCGGUCUGCUCGGCAAGCUCGACGCUGCGUCGAACGGCACCAGCGGCGUCAACGGGCAUGCGUAG